CCCCCGGUAUAUCGCACCGACUGGUAUGGAUCCAGAAUACAGAAUUCGCAAGCGCAUCCCAAAGUCGUGCAGGCGCUGCCACCGACGUAAACAGAAAUGUGUCGGAUCUCCCACGUGCUCCAACUGUGAAUCGGCCAAUCAACCUUGCUCUCGCUCCGAGAGCGCGCCGUCAUGGCACCAUGGAAUGUCCAAAGGGGCGUUGGUCCAUAGAAUCGAGGUUCUGGAAGCCCAGCUGGCCACGGCGUUGGAGGGGAAUGUACCUGAUGUCGGAGAAAACUCUGGGUCCGCUCACCUAUCACCCGCCCGGAAGAGUCCACAAGCCUCUGCCUCCAGAAAAGCACAUCUCAAAGGAGUGGUUCGCUUUCUUACACUGGGCCAUGAUGGAAAUGACGAACCGGCAUAUCUGGGACCAUCGUCGGGACUUUCUAUGGCAGAAAAUGUCAGUCGCAUUGUCCAUCAUUCGGUCGGGUCUAGGCUAUUGCCUAUCAGCGGAAACAGCCAGCAGCCGGGAAACGUGCAAGAAACUGUACAGGUCAAGGCGGCGCCACCGGACGAUGCAAAAGGAUCCCAAAUCCUGAACUCCUAUUUCCUCAAUAUGCACAUGAGGCUCCCAUUUUUAGAUCGCACCGAAAUUCUCAAAUUGCACGCCAAGAGACACGAACCGCCCGACAAUACGCCCGAGGCGCAAUACGGAAGAUUCAAAUUAUUCAUGGUGUAUGCGAUCGGAGCAGCAAUUCUUCAAACGACGGACAAUGACAAGUCAACUUCACCGAAUGGAUAUCUUCUGACUGCACUGGAGUUUGAUUCUACAUCGAGGGAAUCCAUCUCAAUUGCCAGUAUCGAGGCAAUGCUGCUACUCGUUCUAUACAAUCUGCGUUCCACUUCCAACUCCAGCGUCUGGUAUAUGAUUGGACUGGCUAUGAGAACGUGCUUGGACUUUGGAUUUCACAGAGAAUCAAGCUAUCGAAAACUCCCACCGUAUGAAACGGAAUUACAACGACGACUCUUCUGGAGUGUGUAUCUUAUCGAGAGAUAUACGGCGUGGUCGAUGGGAAGACCAUUCAGUGUGGCAGAAGAGGAGAUUGAUGCCGAGCCUCCUUCCAACGUUGAUGAUUCCAUCACCAAUGACAGCGUCAUCGAAAGAAUUUUGCAUAACCGGUCGGUUGGUCAGAGCAGACCACACAAAGGCACACUUGGAAGGUUCAUCGCUUCGAUUCAGUUGCAACGGAUCGUGUCUCGAAUCCACACGCGUAUUUAUCGCGUGGAUGCGCAGAUUUCUGCUCUUACGGGCGAAAUCAGUCCGCUACUGUCAUCAUUGCAAGAGUUCAAGACCACGCUUACAGCGCUCGAUGUGGAUGAAGGCGAUUUUCUGCAUAUGCACUGGAAUAACGCGAUCCGGAUCUUACUUCAGCCCUUCCUGAGUUUCUUGCAUCCGCAAGACAGUCUGAUAGGGACGUGCCUAUUUGCAUCGGGCCAACUGUGCCAGUUCUUCAAGAAGCUCAGACAGCGAGAGUCUGCUUUGGGAUCCUCGUUCCUACUGGUCAACUCGGUGUUCAUGGCUGGCAUCACAAUGUGCUACUGUUUAUUCCGAUCUCCCAGCCUGUGGACACCCGCAGUAUCCAAUGAUUUACGUGCCUGCUCAUCGGCAUUAUUUCUUAUGGCCGAGCACAACCCGCGUCUCAAAACGUACCGCGACGGGCUUGAGAUAAUAAUUAACCGGGCGAUGGAUUUUGUUCAAGAGAACUCUCAAUCACCGCAAACGAGUCAAGGCGGUUUGUUUUCGCAUGGGACAGACCAUGCUCCAUUCCCCGGGACCGCCAUACCUACAGGCCCACAUCCAGACCCAGGCCUUCAGGCGCUGCCACCACGAGAUAACGCUAUACAUGAGACAAACACGCAGAGAUUUGACUCGGCAAAUUCUGACCUGUUCUCGGAUCUUCAGGACAUUAUGAAUCUGCAAGGGGAUAUCUCCCCCAAUGGAAUGGAUGGGAUUUUACCUUUUCAUGGAAUCUUCACGGAGGACUUUUGGGCCGCAGAUGCCUUUAAUCUGCCCACCUUUGAUGGUUUCGGCUGGCGAUCUUGAUCCCCAUCUGGUGGCACGAGGAUAACACGAACUGCUGAUAAAUAACGAAGGAACCAAUCAAGCUUUUACACACAAUUGUUUGCGAAAUAAACUUAAUUUUCUACAGAUGACAAGGAGCAAGGUCCUCCACGAUACCCAAGUCCUCCCGACGCGACUUGCUCGCCGGAUCAAAGUAAGGGACUUCACCAACGCCAACAGCUCGGUUUCCACUGCGAGGUCCAAAGCCCUCGUGGUCGCCCGUCGCGGUGUGGAAGACACUGCGGUUGUCCCAAAUCGCUGGCAGCCGUUAGUAAGGGAUUAAAGACGAG